AAUCGCAGGGGCCGGGGGACGCGUGCGCAGUGCAGCCGCUCCGCUCCGCUCCGCUCCCGCUGCCUCUCCCUCUCCCUCCGGUGCCGAACCCGGGGGCAGCGCACGGGCGGCGGCCGUGGGCACGGGGCAGCGGACGGCGCUGCUCGACGGCGCGGAUGCCCGACCCGCUCCAGCCGUGCGGCUGCAGGGACGCUAACCGGGCUGCUCGGGUCACCCGCGGCCUGGGAGGAGUGGUGAGCAGCAGAAGAGCCCCCAGAGCACGACCCACCCACUGCCACCGUGUAUGAGGCUGGGACGCAGUACGCAGGACCCGCGUCCGCAGAGCCACCCCUUCCGAUGUCCCGGCAUGAGACUUCUCCGACAACGGUGCAACCCGCCAGCAACCACCGCCCCAAUGCCUGCUGCUUCUGCUGGUGCUGCUGCUGCAGUUGCUCAUGGAACGAGGACCGGGAGCGAGCGUGGAGGGCGUCCCGGGAGACCAAACUGGAGACCAUCCCAAACUGUGAAGCGUGCUCCAAACCCACCACGGAGGAGGUGCGGGGCUGGGCGCAGUCCUUUGACAAGCUGAUGAAGAGCCCAGCGGGUCGCAACGUCUUCCGGGAGUUCUUGAGGACUGAGUACAGUGAGGAGAACAUGCUCUUCUGGCUGGCGUGCGAGGAGCUCAAAACCGAGUGCAACAAACACACCAUCGAUGAGAAGGCCAGGACCAUCUACGAGGACUACAUCUCCAUCCUCUCCCCCAAGGAGGUGAGUCUGGACUCGCGGGUGCGGGAGGUGAUCAACCGCAAGAUGCAGGAGCCGUCCUCGCACACCUUCGACGACGCUCAGCUCCAGAUCUACACGCUGAUGCACAGAGACUCCUACCCUCGCUUCCUGAACUCUGCCAUAUACAAAUCGCUGCUCCAGAACGUCUCCCGCUCCUCCUCGGAGUCCUAAAAGGCCGUGGGGACACCGGCGGGGACGCGGCACCAGGAGGGGGUGGGGGGCACAGCCCGGCUCUCCUCCACCCCCCCGUUUUUAGCUUUUUACCCGGGAGCCCUCGGUCUCAGGGCUGUCCCCGGGGUGGGGGCACCGCGGCGGCUCAGCCCGGGCUCGUACUACUGAACCCCGUCCCGGCCGGAGGCAGCGGGGGGGUGCGCAGGGCUCAGUGCCCCCCCCCCCGGCUGCACCGCCCCCACUUUUGAAGAGGUCACUUUAUCCCUUCACCUGGGGACGCAGCACGUCCCCAAUUCCCACCUGAGAGCCCUUUGGGGACUUGUUUUGUUCUGCGGGUUUUGGUUUUUUUUUCUUUCUUUUUUUUUUGGAGGGGGGGUGGGGGGGGUGGGAAGGUCAAUUGUUGUUUGGUUGGUUUUUUAACUUUUUAUUUUAAAAGGUUUUUUUUUUUUUUUUUGGUUGGCUUUCAUUGGGGGACUGGAAGUGGGGGGGUUGGGGGGGUGUUGAUGAGCGUCUGUUGUACAUAUAAAAACACAUCGGGUUUACAUCGCUCCGUCUGUUUGAAGCAGCACAGGGAGGGGAGCAGCCCCAGCACAUCCAGGGGACACCCCCAGACUGCCCACACUGCUGCGGUGUGGGGACAGGAGGGGACAAUGCCCCACAUCCUGCUGGGGGGCAGAGGGAGGCAGCCCCCCCUCCCCCCCCCCCCCCCCCCACACAGCCCAGCAGUGGGGGACCCCUACUCAGAGAGCACCCCAGUCCCAAGCAGACAGCAGCAGCGGGACUGGUCCACACACCCAUCACCCCAAACACAAAGAGCAUCCUGCAUCCUUGGUGCAGGGAGCACAUCAGUGUGGGUUGUGCAGGCACCAGGACCCCAAAAGGAAAGGUUUGCAGCUGGACUGUACCUUCCCCAGCCCAGGCAUGGGGCUCUGCCCUCAUCCUGCAGGAGGAGCUUGGCACUGAGCACCCAGCCAGGGCUCUGCGUGCAAUGGGAAAUGUCACAGAGAAAAGAUAUACGGUAUCUGUGUAUUUUUGUAUGGCACGAGGAGUUGUUUACCAGAGGCCCAGCUCCCAGCAUUGCAACAUUCCUGCCAGCAGCCCCUGCCCUUGUGCUGACACAGAGCCAACACCAGCAACAACCCAGCAGCAGCCGCGCAGCCUUUGGGAAGCUCUGGAAAGGCUGUGGUGCAGAACAGCCCAUGGCUGCACAUCCACUCCCUUCUCUCCCUCCCUUUCAGAGGAAAAGAAAGAAAAAAGAGCAUCGGUUCUUUUUAUUGAAGAUAGUUUUUAAGCAAACAAACUCUCA